GAGUCGGCGUAGAGACAAGAACACGUCAACCUUUUGGCUUCAUUUCCCUUCGUUCUCCUUCGCCAGCCAGUCGCCUGUCGGGGUCGAGUGGAUAAAGGGGUGAAGAAGAAAGGGAAGAAAAGGUAGAAGAGCCCAGAAAGGACAAUAAUUAAGGAGGAGGGAGUACGAAAGAGGAAAAGAAAGAAGACUCGAGAAUUUCUGUGUGUGGAAUCAAGUUCAGAAUACUCGUCCCCUCUGAUCAGGCAGACCCAACAUCAUGUAUUCAAAAUGCAUAAGUGCAGUCCUCCUUUUGGCCCUUGCUGUGCUGGCAGCAUGUGCCAAGGAUUACUAUGAAGUUUUGGGGAUACGCAGAAGUGCAUCUGAUCGGGAGAUAAAGAAAGCUUUCCGCAAACUUGCAGUUCAGUACCAUCCAGACAAGAAUAAGGAGCCUGGCGCCGAGGAAAAGUUUAGAGAAAUUGCGGAAGCAUAUGAGGUCUUGUCUGACGAGGACAAGAAGCGUGAGUACGACUACAUGGGCCAUGCUGCCUAUGCCCAGAAGUCUGCUGGUGGAGGUGGAGGACAGUACAGCGAUCCCUACCAUUUCAACUUUGAUGAUUUAUUUAGAGAAUUUGAAUCUGACAAUGAUUUUGGAAACUUUGGAGAUUUCAGACACUUUCGUGAUUUUCACACAGACCACAUGAGGCGGCACCAGCAGGCCCACAACAAAGCUCACUAUGGUGGUCGGGCACAUACCUACCAACAGCAGCAGACGCGGUUCUCAAGUGGAGGAAAUGGUGGGAGGACCUGUAGGACUGUCACGCAGAGAGUAGGAAACAUGGUGACCACCUAUACCACCUGCAACUAAAUUUAUGGGUGAUGAUGCUUUUCACCCAUAGUGUAAACCAUAGUCAUUAUUCACUCAUAUAUGUUUACUUUGCUUGGCUCAGUUUUUAAGCAAUAGUGUUCAGAAUCAUUCAUUCUCUAGGGACAGGUCAUCUAUAAUACAUCAUGGACAGAUCUAGUCAGCUAGGUAAUUCUCCCUCUCUCUCCCCCGAAUCUAAGGGGAUCUAAUGGAGAGUGUAGCAUUGAUAGAUGCAUAAUAGCAUCAUUUAUGGUUGACAUAGGAAUACAUGUUUGUAGUUUUCCUCACCAUAAACCAAAAAAUCCUGAAAUAUGUCAAGAAAAUGUGGCACCGAAGUCAAUGAGGACUUUUACCUACCCUGAUCUGCUUGUGUUCUAACUAAUGAUAGGUAUACUUUUGUUUAUGAUAUUCGUUUCCUUUUAAACAUAUAUUUUUUGUCAGUGAAAUGCAGCAUAAGAAAUUUGAACUAGUCAUAUAGAUCCAUUAAAGGAAAUAUUACUUUUUUUCAUUGUUUUACGGUUAUAAUCAACUUUCUUUGUAUGGGUGUGUGUUACAUUAUCAUCCUGUAUUCAGUCAUGAUUAAGUUAUUGUUGUGUGACUAUUUUUACUUGAUAAUGGCACUUAACAUCCUUAUCAAAUGUGUGUAUAUACUCAGUUUUCAUGAUAUUGACUGGCAUGAUGAGUGCGCCAACAAGGAUAGGUCUUAUUAUUUUCCUCUAGUAUAUAGUGUACGACACCUCAUGUAAAGGAAUUGGUA